AAGUUUCCUCUUGUGAAAAGUGUAAACAAUUUGUGUCCCUUUGUUUUGCUCAGUUAAUUGGAAUUAAGUAACAAUGUCUUUCGUUGGAAUUAAAUUGUUGGGUAAUCAACAAUAUCUAAAGAUAUUCUCGUUAUGUCAACGGUACAUUUCCAGUGAUUAUAAUUACCUUGAGAAAAGCUCAUUAUCGACCUACUUUUUUGAGAAAUCACUUCCAUGUUUACCAAUACCUAAAUUAGAGGAAACUUGUCAACGUUAUUUGGAGGCUUUGGAACCACUGAUUGAGGAUCAAACUAAAUACGAAGAAACUAUUAAGCUGGUUAAUCAUUUCCAAAAUGGAAUUGGAUCACAAUUACACAAAGAAUUGAUUUCUAAUGAUCGAGCAAAUCGUCAUACUAGUUACAUAUCAGAACCUUGGUUUGACAUGUAUCUUUCGGCUCGAACUCCAUUACCAGUUAAUUACAAUCCAUUUAUGGCCUGGAAACCCGACCCAUCGACUGAACAAAAUGACCCAAGAAUCAGAGUUUCCAAUUUCAUCAUAAGUGCCUUGAGGUUCAGACGCUCAUUGAAUGAAAAUGUUUUAGGACCAGAAAUUUAUCACAUGAACGCGAAAAAAAGUGACACUGAUUUUUACCGAAAAAUAAUGAAAUUGUCGCCAUCUCGAUAUUCCUGGUAUGCGUCGUUACUUUUCAAAGCAUUUCCAUUAGAUAUGAGCCAAUACAAGAAUCUAUUCAAUUCAACUCGAAUACCUUUGAAAGGUAAAGACAAAUUGGAAAAUUAUCCAAAUUCAAAUCAUAUUGUUUUCCUAAAGAAAGGUAAUUACUACACUUUCAAAGUUAUCGACGAUUCUGGUAACUUGAAGAGUCCAGAGGAAAUUUAUUCGGCAGUUGAUUAUAUUUGGAAUCUACCUGAUGACUACGAUAGACAGAGUGUUGGUGUGCUGACGACAAUGGAUCGUGACAAAUGGGCUGAUUGUCGAGAAAUGUUGAUUAAAGAUCCAAUGAACGGCGAAAGCCUUAAUCAAAUUGAUUCUGCUCUUUUUGCUGUUUGCUUAGACGAUGACAUUAAUUUUAUGAAUGAAACAAAAAGAGAUCCAUUGAUUGAAUUGUCUCAUAAUUUUCUUCAUGGUUUUGCUCGUAUUCCUGUUGAAAGAAGGCCAGUUAAUCGUUGGUUCGAUAAAUCAUUCUCACUGUUAUUCUCUUCGGAUGGACAAUGUGCAAUUAAUUUCGAACACAGUUGGGGUGAUGGUGUUGCGGUUUUACGAUUGUUCAAUGAGAUUUUCAAAGAUUCAUCGUCUCGAAAGUUUGUCACACCUUCGACUAAAACUGAACCCGAAGUAAAAAGCAAAGUGACCAAGUUAAAGUUCAAUUUAAAUGACUCGUUGAAAGAUGAGAUUAAUUCUGCUUGGAGUCAACAUUCAUCAGCAGUCGCUAAUCUUGACCUUAAUUAUCGUAUAUACUCACGAAUGAAUCGUAGUUACUUCAAGAAAAACAAGUUGAGUCCUGAUUCCAUGUUCCAAUUAGCCUUUCAAAUGGCUUAUUAUAAGAUUUCAAACGGAAAAACACCGACCACUUACGAAGCAGCUUCGACCGCUGGCUUUAAACAUGGACGAACUGAAACUGUUCGUUCAGCGACAAAUCAAACCAAAAAAGCUUGUGCCUUAAUUCAUGUCGGUAAUCACUCGAAAGAAGAGUUAAUUCAAUCGUUUGUCGAUUGUUCCAAGAAACAUUCGGAGUUGACCAAAAACGCUGCGAUGGGCAAAGGUUUCGAUCGGCAUUUUUUUGCCCUCAAAUACUUGGCUGGUAAAAAAGGACUACCAAUUCCCGAACUAUUUACUGAUCCUAAUUACCUUCACGCUAAUCAUUUCACUCUAUCAACAUCAACUCUUUAUGGUGAAUAUUUUUCAGGCGGUGGAUUUGGCCCUGUGGUCGCCGAUGGGUUCGGCUUAGGUUAUGGAUACGUUGAUCAAUCGUUGGGUGUUUUUUGCUCAUCUUAUGUUCCCGCUCGAGAGGGUAAACAAUUAAUGGAUGCGUUUGUUGCCUCACUUGAUCAGAUCGGCGAUGUUUUGGAAAAAAAGUAAUCAAUGAGUAGAAUCAAAAUUCAUUCACAUUUUUUAUCAUAUUUUUGUUUUAUUUUUCUGUUUUGUAAUAUAAUAAUUGGAGAUUAAGAAAUUAUUUUUUACGAAAAGUAACAAUUCUUUGGGCCUUUUGCUACUUUCCGCUAUUUAAUACAAUAUAAUUAUUCAAAAUGAUACACGAUUAAAGUUUCCAAUUGCGUAAA